AACUCCCACGGGGCAGCGGGACGCCGCUCCCGCACCAACCGAGCGGGCCGGCCACUUCGCGGCGGGUCGGGGCUGCCGCCGCGGGGGCGGGGCGCAGAGAUGGCGGACGGGGUCGCGGGCAAGGACAAGUGCGGGGAGCCUCGGCUGGUGUCGCUGCCCCUGUCCCGCAUCCGGGUCAUCAUGAAGAGCUCCCCCGAGGUGUCCAGCAUCAACCAGGAGGCGCUGGUGCUCACGGCCAAGGCCACGGAACUCUUUGUUCAGUAUCUAGCCACCUAUUCCUACCGACAUGGCAGUGGAAGAGAAAAGAAAGCUCUCACUUACAGUGAUUUAUCAAACUCUGCAGAGGAGUCGGAAACUUUUCAGUUUCUUGCAGGCUGCCAGAGAAGGAAGACCCAGCUCAUCCUAGACACGUCUGUUCUUCUAUCCAGUGCCCUCCGAAGUGUGUGUGCCCAGCCCCCACAUCCUCAGGGUAAUGCCUGGCUCUGCUGAGUCCACUGUUCAAGGAGCAGGCCUGUACAGAAUAAGGCUUUAGACUGCAGUCACCGAAGGCAGGUUUCCAUCUCAGAAGCCUGGAAUCUGAGCCUGUGCUGAAGGAAGUGCCCAAAUAAAUGAGUAAUAGAAGCGCUUUUGGAGAGGCAGCUGUAAAUACGAGGAAUUUUAUUUUAUUUUUUGCUGACAUACUAUGAGGCAAAACAAAAUUGACACCAUACAAAAUAACUUUAUAAAAUAUCAUUCACAUCAUAUUUUAUCAGAUUUACAGCAUUCUGUGCAUGUUAAGGGUUAUGUAAGGAGGUGAAAAAACACUAUGCCAAACUUUUAGUAUUAGUUUAUAUACACACAAUAAGAAACAAAACAAGUAACUGUUAGGUUUUCCAUGAAUUUAUUGCAAAAAUAGUGCAAACUACUUAACCUAGUAAGCUGUAAAACAAACUCGAAAGGACCCAGCUAAGCUUAAACACGACAAUAGAUGCUCAGUGUCUCAGCCUGUAGCUUUCUUCACCAGUUUGUCUUUGUCAGUCAAGACCACUCCCCAUCUGUUCAGUUUAGGGCGAGUGCUGGGGAACAGAGAUGUGUGAAGACUGGCCCUUCAGAGGCCAGAUCGAUGCGGCUGCCUGGUGCCAGCAAUACCUUUAGGGUCAUGCUACUUACUUACUCAAUGGCAAUUUGGUGAGGUCUGUGUGGAAAAUAUGAAGAUGCCAUGAUUAUUUAAAUCUGACUUUAGAAACAAGUUGUCCAACCUCUUGAUGAAAUGGAGAAAAGAAUUAAGAAAGCAGCAUGAACAGAAAGGACUGGGAACAUUAUUGUCUGCUUAUAAACAUGGUAUCCUUUUCUCAGGUGUAUCUGGGUAAAGUAUUCAUCUACGGGUGGGCAACCUUUGAACCAGAGAGUUAAAAAAAAAAAAAAAGUUACUGUAU